AUUUUAAAUUUGCCACAUGAACGAUACAACCAAUUGAACCAAAUCAUGUCUCCAUUUCCCCGGCGGCGGCGAAAAGUCUCCGAGGGAUGUAUAAAACUCAACCAAAUCCCCAACUAACUUAUACGCCUUCUCCUCCUCCAUCAAACCCCCAGUCAACCAUCAUAACUCGCACACGGAGUCACACAAGGGAGGCAGGGCGAAUGAAAAGUGAUUUAAAGUUCAUCGCCGUCGUGUUCGUUAUCGUCGGGGUUUUGGAUAGAACCUCCGUCGUCAAUGGCGGUCAGUUCAAGGGAGAUUACUCCAAGUUAUCGGGGAUUAUAAUACCAGGUUUUGCGUCUACUCAGCUCAGAGCCUGGUCUAUUUUGGAUUGCCCUUACUCUCCUCUAGAUUUCAAUCCACUCGAUUUGGUUUGGCUCGACACGACCAAAUGUCUUUCUGCAAUGAAUUGCUGGCUUAAAUGCAUGAUGCUUGAUCCUUACAAUCAAACAGAUCACCCAGAGUGUAAGUCACGCCCAGAUAGUGGCCUUUCAGCUAUCACAGAACUUGACCCAGGUUAUAUAACAGGUCCUCUUUCAUCAGUAUGGAAAGAAUGGAUCAAAUGGUGCAUUGAAUUUGGGAUUGAGGCAAAUGCUAUUCUUGCUGUUCCAUAUGAUUGGAGAUUGUCACCAUCAAAGCUUGAAGAACGGGAUUUGUACUUCCACAAGCUAAAACUUACUUUUGAAACAGCUUUGAAACAUCGUGGUGGGCCCUCCAUAGUCUUUGCCCACUCUUUGGGCAACAAUGUUUUUCGUUAUUUUUUGGAGUGGUUGAAGCUAGAAAUUGCCCCUAAAAAAUAUAUCCAAUGGCUAGAUGAUCACAUUCAUGCCUAUUUUGCUGUGGGGUCUCCACUUCUUGGGUCAGUUCAAACAGUAGAAGCAACACUCUCUGGAUCCACAUUUGGUCUUCCUGUACCCGAGGGGACAGCACGAUUGAUGUUCAAUUCAUUUGGUUCUUCACUAUGGAUGACACCUUUUUCAGAGUAUUGUCAAAGUGAAAAUGUCUACUCGAAGCAUUUUUCCACUGGGCGCAAAAAGAAACACAAUAUAUACCACUGUGAUGAUCUUGAAUAUCGGUUAAACUAUUCUGGAUUUCCAACUAACAUAAUCAACAUUGAAAUCCCUUCAGUUGUAGCAGAAGCUUAUCCAUCUUUUGGAGAUGAGUUACAAGCCAAUUUAUCUAACAUGGAAUGUGGGGUCCCUACUCAGUUAUCAUUUAAUGCUCGGGAAAUAGCAGAUGGGACAUUUUUUAAAGCAAUUGAGGAUUAUGAUCCUGAUAGCAAAAGGCUUCUCUACCAAUUAGACAAGUUGUAUCAUGGUGAUCCAGUAUUAAAUCCUUUGACACCAUGGGAGAGACCACCUUUGAAGAACAUAUUUUGUAUAUAUGGAGUAGAUUCAAGAACUGAAGUUGGUUACUAUUUUGCACCAAGUGGAAAACCUUACCCUGACAACUGGAUUAUGACUGAUGUUGUAUAUGAAUUUGAGGGAAUUUUGUUUACCAGGUCUGGAAAUUUAAUUGAAGGAAAUCCCGGGGCUGCAAGUGGUGAUGAAACGGUACCAUAUAAUUCUCUUUCAUAUUGCAAGAAUUGGCUGGGACCAAAAGUCAAUAUAACAAGAACACCUCAGUCAGAGCAUGAUGGGGAGGAUGUGCAAGUGCAUACGGAUGUAGAACACCAAAUAGGGGCUGAUAUAAUCCCCAACAUGACAAGGUCAUCUCGUGUUAAGUACAUUACCUAUUAUGAAGACUCUGAAAGCCUUCCUGGACAAAGGACAGCUGUUUGGGAAAUCGAUAAAGCAAAUCAUAGGAACAUUGUGAGAUCACCAAUUUUGAUGCGGGAGCUAUGGCUUGAGAUGUGGCAUGAUAUUCAUCCGGAUAAGAAAUCCAAAUUUGUUACCAAGGCUAAGCGUGGACCUUUGAGGGAUGAAGACUGUUAUUGGGAUUAUGGAAAAGCUCGUUGCGCGUGGGCCGAGUAUUGUGAAUACAGAUAUGUUUUUGGAGAUGUUCAUUUGGGUCAAAGUUGCAGGGUCAAAAGCUCUUCAGCCGAUCUCCUUCUCAAAUAUGUAUAACCACAACCACAGCCAUGAGAGGAUUGGUCAAUGAUGGUGGAAAUGGGAUUUAAAUGCCAUUGAUGUGCCAAUUGCCAUACAUCAUACAUACCAUAGAUGGCAAACUAGAGGGAAGGCAUAUUUUUUUGAAGCAUUUGACAGAAAUUAGUGAUUGAAAUAUGUAGAGAUGUAUCAUUCAUCAUGUUCAACAAUACACAUAAGGCCAU